AUGAUCCAGCCAGCUCCGGGUCAACAACCGCCAGCAGUAAGCUUCUACCUGGAUGGAGUACGCCUUGAGUGUGUCAAGCACUUCAGUUAUCUUGGCAGCACUCUUAACCACAAGGGAAACAUUGACGACGAAAUCUCACACAGGCUAGGUUGUGCCUGUGCAGCCUAUGGUAACUUAAGGGAACGGGUCUUUGACAAUGCAAGCCUUAAGACGGUAACAAAGCUGCAGGUGUAUAAAGCCGCAAUUCUUCCAACCCUCCUCUAUGGUUGUGAGGCCUGGGUCACCUACCGAAGGCAUCUUAAGACCUUGGAACAGUUCCACCAACGCUCGCUGCGGCGUAUUCUGAACAUUUCCUGGACUGACUAUCGCACCAACACCAGCGUGCUAGCUGAAGCCGGCUCUUGGAGUAUUGAGGCCCUCGUCAUGCGCAGUCAGCUACGUUGGUCUGGCCACUGUGUACGAAUGCCAGACAAUCGGCUCCCCAAGCAGAUUCUUUACGGUCAACUGGAGCAAGGGACCCGUGCAAGGGGGGGACAGAGAAAACGGUACAAAGACACACUUAAACAUUACUUAAAGAAAGGUCACAUUGACCCCUCAAACUUCCAAGCCCUCUGCCACAACCGCAGUGCCUGGAGGCAGAUGUCCUACACGGCUGUCUCAACCUUUGAAAGCGAGAGAGUUGCCGCCGUGGAGGCAAAAAGGAUGGCCAGGAAGGAGCGUCAACGUCAACGUCAACAAAAGGACUAAGAACUAACACCAUUGGACUCGCCCUACUCCGUGGAGUGGCUGUCA